AUGUUGGACAUGACCACGAAUCACAACAUGAUCGAGCUCAGCGUGCUCCAGGCGAAGAAAAAGCCCAUCAUGACGACGACCAGCUACACCUUGAUAUCCCACACGGCCUCCAUGACCCUCAACCCAGUAUUUUAUGCGCCAUCACUACUAUGGUCAAUAUCGACUCAGUUCAAGUAUGUCCGUACCGGGUACUCGCCCUACAUCAAAUGA